UUAAAAAUUUUCCAGACGGCUCAAGAGUAUUGAAAAGCUUCGCUUGGCGUGUGUGGUGGUUUUCAUUCUCCAGUCGGCAAAAUUCAGAAGGGCGAAUUCGCGAGUGAAGGAGAAGAGAGCGCAAAGAUGUCCCGAUCGCUGGUGCAGCCGAUCGGACAGAAGAGGCUCACCAACGUCGCGGUGGUUCGUUUGAAAAGGCACGGUCUCCGCUUCGAGAUUGCUUGUUACAAGAACAAGGUCCUUUCAUGGCGUUCUGGCGUGGAGAAAGAUUUGGAUGAGGUUUUGCAAUCGCAGAUUGUUUAUUCAAAUGUUUCAAAAGGAGUUCUUGCGAAAACAAAAGAUUUAAAGGCAGCUUUCGACACAGAUGAUCAGACGGCCAUUUGUUUGAAGAUUCUAAAAGAAGGGGAACUUCAAAUUGCAGUGAAGGAGAGGGAGGCUCAAUUAUCCAAUCAAUUUCGUGAUAUUGCAACCAUUGUUAUGCAGAAGACCUUCAAUCCUGAAACUAAACGCCCUUACACCAUUAGCAUGAUCGAGCGGCUGAUGCGUGAAAUUCAUUUUGCCAUUGAUCCAAAUCACAGUUCAAAGAAACAGGCACUUGAGGUCAUUCAUGAGCUCCAAAAACAGUUUCCAAUUAAACGUUCACCUAUGAGAAUACGCUAUACUGUACCUGAACAGAAUUUUCCAUCUCUUCUUGAAAAGUUAAAUGCAUGGAAUGCUAGUAACCUUUCCAAUGAUCAGUCUGGAAGUCAGCAACGAAGUGUUAUUUGUGAAUUGGAUCCUAGCUUUUAUCGAGACUGUAAUCCCUUAAUGAGUGAACUACAAGGAAGAUUUGAAGUUCUCUCUUUCUGUUUGCACGAGGAAGGGGACACCAAUGUGGAUCAAUAUGAUGACGAUUUCGACAAUGGGGAACUGCCGCCUAGGCAAGUCAAGGAAUCGUUGAUUCCUCAGCUAAGUGAAGCUUUACAAAGACAGACAAUCUCCGUCGAGGGUGAAAAUGCACCAAAGGAAGGAAAACGCUGCAGCACAUGUAACGUUGCUGUGGGGGAUGCUACUCAAUUUAGAGAGCAUCACAAGGGCGAAUGGCAUAAGCAUAAUGUGAAGCGCAAAACCAAGAAUCUCCCUCCUCUGACCGAAGAAGAGUGCAUGGUUGAAUUGGCAAUGGGCAAUUCCGAGUCCGAUUUGAAGGAUUAUUCAUUUUGAGCUGCGCACUUUGAAUGCUCUGGUUGUAUCGGUAUGAGUUUGUUACUUCAGUUUUGGAGUUUAAUAUUGAACGUCCUGUUGGGAAGAUACUGUAUUUGGUUAGUGAUAGCUAGUAUCUACGAGUCCUAUAUGACAGUUUCAAUGGUGUCACGAUCUCAGUUUUUGGGUUUCAAUGAUGUUCGAUUUUAAACCGAGAUUGUAUGACAAUUUCAUAACACAAUCCAUGUUUUAUCCCA